GCUCUACCGCUAUGAAUCUGACUCUAUAGGCGUCUCCCUUUGUGAGGAAGAGAGGAAGCAGAAGUUAGAACAGACUAAAAACGUUUUACCACUAAAUAUUUGGAUACUAACGGGCUAGUACAGGCCAGCAUAUGUUGUGGGCUGAUCGCACUUGUCAUUUCAUUUCGUGGGUGCCAGCCUUUUAGUUGAGAGUGACAAGAUGUCUCUGGGGUCUGUAUACCAACACAAACUGGCAGAGAAGCUUAUGAUACUGAAUGACAGAGGCAAGGGGGUCCUGAUCCGUAUUUACAACAUCAAAAAGACAUGUUCAGAUACAAAGACAAAGCCACCAUUCUUCAGUGAGAAGUCUAUGGAAUCAUCUAUUAAAUAUAUUAACAAGAAAUUCCCCAAUAUCGACGUGAGAAGCAGCACGCAACACCUUGGCCCAGUUCACAAAGAUAAGUCAGAGAUUGUGAAAUGUUUAUCAAGUUACUAUAUGUCAUUUGUGGAUGUCAUGGAAUUUCGGGAUCAUGUCUAUGAACUGCUCAAUACCAUUGAUGCCUGUCAGUGCUACUUUGACAUAAACAUUAACUACAGCUUUACCAAAAGUUACCUGGAUUUGAUAGUGACAUACUUCUCUGUCAUUGUGUUGAUGUCCCGCAUUGAAGACAGAAAAUCAUUAAUAGCUCUUUUUAAUUGUGCAUCUGAAAUGCUGCAAGGGCACAGUGACCCAACCUAUGCCAGACUGGCCCAAAUGGUACUGGAAUAUGACAACCCCCUGAAAAAGCUAAGUGAGGAAUUUGGUCCUCAUACAAAGACAGUGACUGAGGCUUUGAUGUCACUGUACUUUCUCUUCUGCCGGAGGACACAACCUGCAGAACAGUGGAGAGGGGCACAGCUCUUAAGCCUUCUUAGCAAUCCAGCUUCUAUGAUUGACCCAUCUGGUUCUGACACAAUGCCAUGUGAAUAUCUCUCUGUUGAGACAAUGGAAAGAUGGAUUGUGAUUGGAUUCUUGCUGUCUCAUGGCUUGCUGAACACAGUCCCAGUCAGUGUAGAGCUUUGGAAAUUGGCUCUUCAAGGUUCCCAUUGCAUCACACUCAUUCGGGAUGAGGCUUUCUUCAUACAUCGUGUUACAGAGGACUUCUUUGGCAGCAUAAAAGGGUAUGGGAAACGUGUGGCAGAUGUGAAAGAGUGCAAAGAACACUUUAUGACACAAAGUGGGCAGUUUCACCGCGCAAGACGCUUCUUUCUAAGAAGUGCAGUCAAGGAGUUGGAAGCCAUUUUGUCCGAUGAACCUGGGCUUUUGGGACCUAAGGCACUUUUUGCAUUUAUGGCUCUGUCCUUCUGCCGGGAUGAGAUCAAUUGGCUGAUACGUCAUGCUGAGAACAUCACCAAAACAAAGACACCAGAAGAUUACGUGGAUGUACACAUUGCUGAACUCAUCUUUCACAUGGAGGCGAUUCGGGCAGCAGUAAAGAAGCAUCUGUCUGUCAUACAGAAAUACCACAUUCAGUAUCUUGCCCGAUUUGAUGCUUUGGUUCUGAGUGAUGUCAUUCAGAAUCUGACUGUCUGUCCAGAAGAAGAAUCUGUGAUCAUGUCAUCAUUUGUGAGCUCCCUGUCGGCACUCAGUGUAAAACAAGUUGAAAACAAAGAAACAUUUGAUUUCCGGUCACUGAGACUUGACUGGUUCAGGCUGCAGGCUUAUACAAGCAUAGCAAAGGCCCCGCUUUCCCUGCGGGAUAACCCAGAUUUGGGAAAAGUGAUGAAUCUAAUCAUGUUUCACAGCUGGAUGCUUGACUCAGUGGAGGAGCUUCUUGUGGAGACAUCUGACCUCUCACUCUUUUGCUUUCAUGUUCGCACAUUUGAGAAGAUGUUCUUGAUGACAAUGGAAGAGCCUACUGCUUUGCGUUAUUCAAUUGCAUUUCCUAUGAUCUGCUCCCACUUCUCCAGUUCCAUCCAUGAGAUGUGCCCAGAGGAGUACCCACAUCUUAAGAAUUGCAGCCUAGGAUUCUGCAACAACUUCUUGGAUGAGAUCAGCAAGCAAGCCAGUAACUGUGCAAUGGACAUCUGUGCAGAGCAGUGCAACCUUAGUGAAAAGCUGCUUCCAAAGCACUGUGCUGCCACUAUCAGCAAAGCCAGGAAAAAGAGGCUAAAAAAACCUCCACCGAAGAAAGCGGAGCCAGAAAGGGAAAAGCCAGGUGCAGAAAGCCAAAGGCGUGACCGCAGUGUUACCACAAACUUAGAUAAACUGCAUCUGACUCUAAGUGAACUAUCCAUGGCAUUGAACCACAUGCGGAGUAUUCGUGUGUUCGAACAUGUGGUCACCCCGGCGGAAUACCUGAGUUCCCAGCUGGAGAACCGAUUUGGAAGGGCUUUAGUUAAUAUGGUGAAUUUCAAACAGGCAACUCGAGAAAUUCAGCGCCCAUCUGAGGUCUUACAAGGCAUGAGGGCUUUCCUGUCCACUCUUAAGUCCAUCGGUCAUUUGGUAAACAUAGAUGUGACGCGUACUAUACGAAGCACUUUGCUACAGCAGACUCAGCCAACUGAUGCCAAUGGGGAGCCAACCAUUACAGCUUUGUAUACUAACUGGUACCUGGAGUGUCUUCUUCGCCAAGCCAGCUCAGGGUUUAUUAUAUAUUCGCCAGCAAGGAAAACCUUCAUGGACCUACCAACUGAGAUCAUUGGAGAGCAAGGCCUUAAUGCAGAGGAAUACUCUGAUGUGUCAGAAAUGAAAGCUUUGGCAGAAUUGAUCGGUCCUUAUGGGAUGAAGUUUAUGAGCGAAAAUCUAAUGUGGCAUGUAACCUCCCAAAUUGUUGAACUUAAGAAACUGGUUAUGGAGAACAUGGACGUGCUGGUGCAAAUCCGCUCAAACUUCAGCAAUUCAGAACUUAUGCCAUCCCUUCUAGCCAAGCUCAACUCUCCUGAUAAUUUGCUGAAGAGAAUGACGAUAAUUGGUGUUAUCUUAUCUUUCCGGGCUUUGGCACAGGAAGGUCUUAGAGAGGUUUUUGCUAACCAUUGUCCAUUUAUAAUGAGUCCCAUUGAAUCCCUGAAGGACCUGGUGACCCCUGAUAUUGAUAUUCAGGUGACUCUGAGCAUUUUUGAACUGGCAACUGCAGCGGGUGUACCCUGUGAUGUAGACCCAAGCCUGGUUGCCGCUCUCUCAAACAUUAAAACAGACAGUUCUUCUCUAGAGGAAGAGUACAAGGUAGCCUGCCUGCUGCAGGUCUUUUUAGCUGUCUCUCUUCCUCUGUUGGCCUCAGAUCCAAUGUCAUUUUACAGCAUUGAAAAUGAUGGUUACAAUAAUAAUAUUCACUGCUUGGCUAAAGCAAUCAUCCAGGUGUCUGCUGCCCUCUUCACUCUCUACAAUAAGAACAUUGAGAUCCACCUAAAGGAAUUUCUGUUGAUGGCAUCAGGGAGCCUGCUACAACUUGGGGAGGAAACAGACAAAUUAAAAGCCAGGAAUCGAGAGUCAAUACUGAUUCUGCUGAAUCUUAUUGUAGAGGAGUCUUCAUUCCUGACAGUGGACAUGCUGGAGUCCUGCUUUCCUUAUGUUCUGCUUCGCAAUGCCUACCAUGAAGUCCACAGAGCAUUUCCUACUCUUACUUCAGCCUGAGAAAGCCACUAUUUGAAAAUGUUUUUUUUCUAUUGAUUCCACUAAAUAAUAUAAAGAUAAUGAUUACAUUUAAACAGUUCAAAUGGCUGCUCCAGACAAUUUGCAUAAUUCUGACACUUUGCAUUUCGACUGCCCCUUAAUGAGUAGAAGUUUUUGGUUUAAAAAACGUAUGUACUAAAUCAGGUCUUUCUUUUGUUUUCUAAUUUUGCAAUUGAUAGAACAAAGUUAACUGCUGAUUGGUUGCAAUUGGCAACUGUAUUUUCAAUAGACAGGGACAACACCUCCAGGGUCGGACUGGGCUGGCAGGACACCAGGAAAAAACCUGGUGGGCCCCCCUGGCCCAGACCCACCAUUGCUGUGGCCCCAACCUCCCUCCGUGGCCCCUGGUUGCAGCCGCAAGCAGAAAAAAAGUAUGUGUGGGAGGCCCGAGGGGGGUUGUGGCAGGGGCCCCCCAAAUCAGCAGCCCGGGGCCCGCCAGUCAGACCCUGUGCACCUCUAAUCAAAAAUUACUCUUACCCCAUCCUAGUAUAAAUAAAACAUGAGAUGGUGCUCCAUUGGAUAUUACAGUAGUUACUCAAACUAAAACUAAAGAAAAGUUCAGUCCAACUACCUGCACUCAGGUCAAUCAUGAUGCCGGUAGUUGGACUGAACUGUUGUUUUCUAUAGUUUUUCUUUGCUAUUGUCAACUACCCUGGUGCAAUUCUGCGCUUUGAUAGAAAAUGUUCUUCUUACUUAUUUACUACUAUAAAAAAAAUAUACAUUUUUGCAAUUACUAAUAAACUACUGUAUCCUAAUGCGUAAUGAUGAUCUGUCAAACACAGAUAUAUAUCAAAUCACUGGUAUUUGUGGCUAAUUAUGUUUUCCUAAAGAUAAAAUUAAUGAACUGUACUCUACAAGUUAUUAAAAUACUGAAAACAUAA